AUGGGCAGUGUUUGCUGUCCGGCUGCUGCGCCGUCGCCCGUCAUCGUACACAUCUAUGACGUGACGGGCACGGCGCCGAUGAAGGUUGUCAACGAAGUCUUGCGCCCUUUGGGCACAGGUGCCUUCCACGCUGCAGUGGAGGUUCAUGGUAAAGAGUGGAGUUACGGGCAGACAAUGGGAGGUCAUGGAAUCUUCGAAAACCCGCCAAAAGAGUGUGAACAGCACACCUACCGAGAGUCGAUCCACAUGGGGUACACGGACCUCACCCCCUUCGAAGUGCAGAUGCUCAUUGCCGACAUGGCCAAGCGAUGGCGUGGCCGGCAGUACGACUUGCUGAACAAGAAUUGCACGCACUUCGCCGAUGAGCUCUGCCAGCUUCUCGGGGUUGGCGAGCUCCCCUCUUGGGUGACGAAUUUGGCAGGAGCUGCGUCCAGAGUUGGCCCAGGACUUCGUGAACUGAGAGAAAGACUCUUCAACCCCUUCAGCUUCAACAGAGAGAACCAGGAGAAGAACUCAAUGGAAGUGUCUCGGUGA